AUUCAGUCAAUUCAGGAUCAAUUCAUUCUUCGCUUAUUUCUUUAAUAUCGCGAUAUGCUGAUGAAUAUGUUGAUGAAUAUGUUGAUGAAUAUUCCGAUGAUGAUAAUGAGUAUUCAGAUGAAUAUGUUGAAGAAAAUGCUGAUUUGAGCAAUAAAUCUAAUCCUUCUCAUAGACCUGCUUCCAAACAUACCGUUACAUUUAGUAAAUUAAUGUCAUUCGGUUCUAUUAGAGGGAAAUUGAAUCGUCAACGUAGCGUACGACAUAUUCGCAUGUUAAGUGAAUUAAACAUUCCUGUUCCUGAUGCAAAUGAUCCAAUUUUAUUUGAAUCUAGCGUGCAAAGAUGGAAUUCUUCUGUAUUUAAAAAAUCUUCAAAUAAUUACCUUGUCCUUACAAGUAAUUGUCUUUGUAGCUUUAAAAAUGUUGAGAAAGCUGCAAAAAUAUUUGCUGGUCUAACUCAUAAUCAUAGCACUGACGACGAUACUUCUUCAGAUUCCAAUUCUGAAAACGUAACUAAAGCUUUACCAUCGGAAAAUAUCAUUCUUUCAUUACCCACAGUUUAUGCCAUAUCCGAACAACUAACACCUGAACCUUAUAUUAGAAUUGAUUAUAUAUCGGGUCCUAAAAAGCAUGCUCAAGUUACAAUCACACCCAAAGACCUCCAAAAUCAUAAUCAAUGGCUUUCAACGAUAAGAGCCACAGUGCGUAACGCGAAUGCCGUAGGUUCUUAUUUAACGCUGAGUCAACGUAAAUGGAUCAUGUCAAAAUUAAAAUUGUCACAAGAUUUAUCCGAUGAGAACGAAGAGAAUUUAGUUGCUUUUCGUGUUAUAUUAAAAUCAAUAAUCGAUGAAGGUUCUAGGAAAGAACACGAUAAAGAUCCAAAAGUUACAAUCUUUCUCAUUUUAGGGAAAAGCAAUGUUUACUUCAUUCCAUGUAGUUUAGUUGGAAAUGAGUUGUUAAGUGAUGAAAAUGGAAUGAAAUCAGAUCGAAAUAUUGAAGAUACCAAGUCAAAAGAUGUCGAAUUUCAUAGAUAUAAAUACCCCUUGUUAUGUCUCACGGACAUAGAUUCAGAUGGAAGAGAUGAUUCCUUUCAAUUAACAUUUAAAAAUAAUAUGGGGUCCAUGAAAAGAACUUUGUCACUUGGUUCUCUCUUGGUGGAAAAUAUUAUAACUGAAAUUCGCACAGCGAUCGAUUCUAUUACAUUUUGGUGGCCAAGCCCCGGUUAUCAAUUAAGGGCUCCGACAAAUAUGCAAGCAACGAUUGUACCCCCUGAACCUGAGAGCGAUAAAGCCUCACAGGUCUUGGGGCUUGAAAGAAUGAUUGAAGCUCAAUGUCAUGCCAAUCUUGUCAAUAAAACAAGGAUUACUUUCAAAAUUGAAUAUGUAGUUGGAGCCAAAAGUACCUUUAUAGGAUUAGGCAUCGGCCAUUUACCCUUUAGAUUUAUCCUUCUCCCCCCUGCAUCUCAAUCACCUGACUCACAUUUAGAGCAAGAAGCUACUUAUUCAAAUCAAGAGUUAAUAGCGAUUUUUAAUUCUCUUAAAUAUCAUCCACUUUUACAUGAAGUAAUUUUCCGUCAUACAAACCUUUUUGAACUUCAAAUUCAACAAGGACCUAAAGAGCAUGAAGGAAUGAAUAUGCUUGCCGCCGUAUUAUAUGACCUUUUAUUAUCCAAUCCAAGAUUAAAGAAAUUGGAUUUAACAUCUUGUGGAAUUACAAGUGAAACAGUUUCGGCAAUUGGGAAAGCCCUCAUAACAGGACAAUCAUGCUUAGAAUGUUUAUUAUUGGGAGGAAAUUCAAUUAGGGAGGAAGGGGCUCAAGCAUUAGCUAGUGGAUUAACUGGUCAUAAAUCAGCCAUUAAAGAAUUGGAUAUUUCAAAUUGUAAAUUAACCAAUGAUUCGGUUGAAUCAAUCUUUCAAGCCUUGGAUACAAAUGUUCCCGGUGAAUUAGAGGUUUUAAAUAUCUCAAAUAAUACCUGUGAUUUGGAAACAAAUGUUUUAGCGGAACUUUUGUCAAAAACCGUAUCGCUUAGAACAUUAAAUUUACGUAAUUGUCAAAAAUCCUUUACUCAUAAAAAUCCUUUAAUAUCGGUGGAAAUUUUAGGUAACGUUGUUAACCUUACAACUUUAGAUUUAGGAGAGAUUUCACUUAAUAGUCGUGAUCACUUGAGUGCGUUAUACGCAUAUAUUCAAUCGCCGGCAUUCGCCAAAAUACGAUAUUUAAGUGUGGAUCAUUGUGAUUUGGAUGGUGGAGCGGUUUCUCUAAUAUUAUCAUAUGUCACAACAUCACCAAAUUAUGAAAAGAUAAGAGUUUGGGCAGGAGGAAAUUAUGUAACGAGAUCCUCACAAGGUUUUAAAGAAUUUAUUAAUGCGAUUAGAAAUGGUUGGACUCCAAUAUGGCUUUCAUUGGAGGAUACGAUAUUUGGAUUAAAUCUUGACAUGAUCAUUGAUAUUUUACAAGCAUUUUGUGAAAAUACUGUUGUACAAUAUUUAGAUCUAUCUUAUCCAAAUUUUAGUUCACAUAAAGGUGCAUCAUCUGGUCCGCAAAUGCAAAUGGUUGCAAGGAAAGCAUGUGAAGCUAUCGGAAACUUAUUUAAAGAAAAUAAGUCAAUAAAAAGAUUAGAUUUGCACGGAGAAUCUGGAAGAAGGUUCGGUUCUUUACUCGGUGAAAGUUUAUCUGGAUUGAAAGAGAAUAACACUUUGGAAAAAUUGAAUAUUAAAGGAAAUGCCAUAGGUGAUAAUGGUGCUAAAGUGUUAAGCGAAGCUUUGAAAUUCAAUAAAACAUUAAGAGCUUUAGGUUGUGAUGAGAAUGAGAUUGGUAUUGAAGGGUAUAGCGCAAUUCAUAAAGUCCUUACCAACGGUUUAAAUAUGACAUUACAACAAUUCUCAUACCCAACACAAGACUUACGAACCUAUAAUGAAAGUCUAGAUGCAAAAUUAAUGGUUAACUCACGUGAUACCUUAUUCGGUCCUCCUACGGCUAAAAUGAGUCAGAGAAUUGCAGCAGAAAAGCAAAAGGGUAGUUUCCUUGAAAUUGUAGAAGAAAUUAUGUUGGCAGUUGAUGAAGGUGCUUCUGAAAGUAACUCUAACACGGAUGACAAUAAAUCAACUAAAAGUACGACCUCUUAA